UUUCCCGAACGUGCCAAAAGCAACCCUGAAACGCUCAUGGCCCAGUAUCAAUUCGUACGCUCUCCCAUGUAUAUCAACUUGGAAUAGAAGCACGGACAAAUUGUAUACCCAACAAAAAGAAAAAUGGAAGUCGGGCAGGAAUAUAUUUUUUAAAUACAAAUACAAAAAAAAACUAUGUAACCUUUUUAAACAAAAGAUUUAAAAUAGAACUUUCUAAAAAAAAGAAAAGUUGUAUAAAACAAAUUUCAACAUACAUUUCAAGUGCCGUGUUAUUUCAUCUGAGAAAAAAAGGAAGACAAAAAUUUUUACAAAUGGGAAGCUGACAUCGGAGAAAAACCAAAUUCGAAACGAAAAAAGAAAAUAGAAAAGAAAUUAAUCGAAAAAAAAGCUAGAAAAAGUUUAUAAAUGUAAAUGUGCAAAAAAUGCAAUGUCUUGAGAUUAAAAACCCUCGGUCCACACAGAAAAGCUCUUUUUCUUUUCUUCAAUUAAAAACAAAAAUAAACAACAUAAUAUUCUAAAGAAUUAAAUGUGCUAAUAAACAGGAAGCCUGCAAAUAAUUGUGUUUGUGUACAGACAAUAUUAAAAUAAAUCCAAAAAAACAAAAAAAAACAAAACGAAUGAUCGAAAUGGCAAAAAUAAAUAAAUUUAUUAUAAAUAAAUACGCAGGAGUAAUCAAUCUACGAAAAUAGCUUUAAAAACAAAUGUGUUAUAUAUGAACUAAAAAUAAAUACCAAAACUAUUUCUAAAUUGUACAUACAUAAGUUUUAAAUUUAUAAACUAUACCUACUUAAUAAAAAUAAUAAUAAUAAUAUUAAAUUUGUAUCUUUAAAUUAUACAUAAUAAUAAAAUAAAUUAAAACAAAAAUACAGUGAUAGUGAUGUGUUAUGUGAUAGGAACCUUCUAUACAACAAAAAUAUUUUCUAUAUAUUAAAUUGUUAAUUAUUAUUAUUAUUGUAUUAAUUUUUUUUACCAAAAUCCAAACAUUAAAAAAAAUAUCUACAUACCUAUACAUUAACUUCUUGAGACGAUGAGUUAAACAAAAACAGACAAAUUUAAAAAACAAUGAGUGCGUAUAGUUGAGUAUUCAUUCUGUAGUUUCUGCCGUUUUAGCAUCAUCAAAAUUUAAAAAAAAAAUCAUUAAAGAAAACUGCACUGCCAAAAAUUACAAUGAGUGAAGAAAACCCGAGAGUCUUUGAACUUAAAAAAAUCAAUUGCUGGGACAAAGUUCCGUUUCCGUUCGUUUGAACUUGGUUGUCCUUUAACGCGCGCAUACGUUAAUACGUUGAGAAAUAUCGAACCGACGAGAAACUCAUUAAAACGCCAAAAAAAAAAAACAACAACCACAACAAACAACAACAACAUCUGAUGCUUCUGCUGCUUAAAUAUGUGGAUAAUCAAUGUUAGCAAAGAACUAUUGCCGGAGGUGUGAUUAUGAGUUCGGUACAAACGCAAAUUGCUGUGACUCCAAACGUCCAUAACUUGGCCACAUCCCAAAUUCAAAAAGACUACAGCGAAGAUUCCCUUAACAGACAAAACAGCUUUGGCAAUAGCAGAUCUAGAGGCAAUAUGAAAGGUAAGCACUUAACACGAAGCCAUGCAAUGCGUGAAUCAACAUCUCCACCACGGACUCCUACUCCUCGCACAGAUCACCAAUUGACAUCAACAAACUGCGGAUUGGCAUCGUCAUCCUCGUCUUCGUCGUCAUCGUCUACAUCAUCGACGCAUAGCCCAUCACAGGAAACAAACGAUUGCAAAAUGCAUGUACAAUCAUCUACCUUGUUGUCCCCAACCCCAUUGUUAGAAACUCCCUCGGUAAUUGUUACUAGUCAACACUCCCAACAACAACAGCAACAACAACAGCAGAGUGUCAUCUGCAACGAAGCGGACUUUCCAAAACUAUCUCCACCCAAGUCAUCAAAAAGUCCUCGAAAUUCACAAUCGGGUAACACAAAUCCUAAUUCUGGAAAUUCCAACAACAAUAAUAAUAACAACAAUAACAACCAAAACAAUAAUAAUACUAAUCGGGAUCUAAUGGACAAGUUCAACAACGCCCAUCAACAACAGUGUUCAACAGCGCCAUCUGCUGGCAGCGAACAUACCAACAAAAUUGAAUUCGGCAACGGCAAUGGCAAAAAAGUUGUUUUGGAAAUAACAAAGACGGUAGACACCGGUGGAGGAGGCAAUGGAAGUGGGGGUAAUUGUGUUGCUUCAAAUUCGAAUUCUUGUAACAUAGAAUACAUGAACAACCAAACAGAAAACAGUGGUAACGGAUCACAUUACAUACAUCCAGAUUCUCGAGGCAUUCCACAAGAUGGAGCGAUAUCAUUCUAUGACAAAGAAAACCGUUGUCCUCGAAAUGACAGCCAGAAUAGUAACAAUUCAUUAUCACCAGAUGAAAAUCAAAACAGUUUGACCGACAGCCCAAGCGACAUUAGCAAGCAUGAACGCAUGGGAAAGAAACACAGGACGAACUCGAAUUCGAAAAGUUCAAAACCACGACUAAAAAACAUGGGUUCCUCGUCUAGCAUGGACGGUGGCAAUAGCAACAGUACUUCUGGAUUCAUAUCACGAGAUAAUCUCAAAAUUACAGAUAGCUCAAUGGAGCAAUUUACUGACCAGAGUGGCGUGGAUCUGGUGCUUUUCUUCAAGGAAACCUUAAAUAAGAAUCCAAAAGAUAGAAAUACCUUGAUGAAAAUUGAAAAGGAUCUUAUUGAGCUGGCUCAAGAUAAAACACGUCAUGAGAUGCGAUUUCCAGCAGCUUCGUCUUAUAAUCGAAUGCUUAUACAUAGGACAGCUGCAUUCUUUGGAAUGGAACAUAAUGUUGACACGGCCACACAACAGUGCGUAAUAGUAGCAACAACGAAAGGCACUCGUCUCCCAGACAUUCGAUUCAAGUCCCUGUUUCGUGAACGCAUGUCAGAUGAGCCAAGAAAAUCAAUUCUUAAACGUGAUACUCAUAGCUUCGAUGACUCUCGCCAAAGUUAUUUAUGCCCCGAUCGUGGUACACUUGAUAGGAAAGCAAAAAGUUUUGAGGAACGCGAAGAAGAAUAUGAAAAAGUUCGAAGACGAAUUUUUCGCAACCGCGAAAAUGGUGAAAUGAUGGAAGAACCAUACUGGAAUUGGUCAGAAAACUCAGAGCAGGCUUCAAGAAUGCGUCAGAGUAACAAGAUGCUGAAAGUUCAAUCUCCCCAAUCAAAUGACAUGCGCAACGAUGGACGACCAAGUGUUUCAAAAUCUCACAGCUUCGGCGGCUAUGGCGGCCCCCCACCAAAUAAUAACAACGGCAACAGUGGAGCUCCGCUACUUCGUGGCGAUUCCGUGAAUUCCACAAAAAGCUCCGGACCACGAAUGUUUUCGAAGCAAGAUUCUAUCGGCAGCACGAGUACACCAUGGCGAUUAUCACCUUCAAGUAGCGGAUAUAAAACACAAACACAAUCCCUGCGGUCCGAUUCGGUAACUCCCUCUCCAACUGGAUAUGGGAGUGAUGAACACACGCCAGAACCGUCUGUGGUCCACUCGCCGCCACCGGCUCCAUGUGGGCUUGUAUGGGCCGUCACUGACAUAGCCAGUGUGCCACGAGGCAGUGUCCUCAUAAAUCCGCACACGUUGCAACCAAUAGUUAAUCAAGACGGUUCAAUUUAUCAUUUUGAUCCGUCCAAUUUGCCACCAAGUCAAGCAAUGGCUUCCGGAGUGUACAGUAAAUCACCGUUAGGGGUCAAUAUGAAGAAGAAACAAACCGAUAAGCAUAAACUCGUCAGUAAAAUGGAUAACUCCUCUUCAUCCGGUAACGAUUUAGUGUCUUCAUCUUCAUCGAAUGGAGGAGGAGGAGGAACAAGCGGAGAAGUAGUAAAUAAUACCAUCGCAGAAAGUUCAACAGAGACUGUUUCGGAAUCAUCUACUCAAACUGUGGUGCUGGCAGCCAUAAGUAGGGAUGAAGAGAACGAUUCCAAAGAUAGUAGUAUUACUAAGCGUGAAAUGGAUGACAUACAAGAAGAAACGACUGGAGUAUCGGGAGAAGACUGUGAAAAAUCAGCUGUAACGGUUACAGCAAAGGUUUUUGACCGAAUAGAGGUGCAAAAAUUCAAACAUCAAGCAACAAGCCCGAAUAUACCUUCUCCUGACCCAGAAGGACCAGUACAGUCAAACGAAAUUGUUCCUCAAAAUGAACCGAAAAUUGAAGUAAGAGCUCAACCAAUACAACAACCAACAACAGCAGAACUUUCAAAUUCAAGUAGUUCCACACCAGCUAGUACCAAUGAUAGCAAAAAAGAUGAACCCAAGAAUUGGAGCUAUACCCAAAGCUAUCAGGCUAUUGAUGGUUCAACAGUGUUCCAAACAGCAAAUACUAAUCCAUAUUCCACAACGACAUAUCAGCAAGGACCUGAUGGAAGUGUUUAUGCGGUUCCCCAAGGAAUGGUGUAUACUUAUCCUCCGCCAAUGGAUAAUGAAAUGCAGGGUUAUUUUAUGCCUGUAUUUGAUCCGUCUCAACAACGUGAUCCUAACAGCUUAUUGCCGCCUGGGUCACAGACCAUUUAUCAACCUACAGGCGGAGCUGCAAUGCUUCCAGUAGCUGCUUACCCAACAACACAAUUUACUGGGGCACCUAUUUAUCCAGGGCAAGUCGUUUACUCUAGCGAUCAAUUUGCUGCUAGCGGAGCAGCAGUUGCUGCAGCGGCCAGUGGUCAAAUGCAGCAAUAUCCAAUGACUACUACUUAUCCCAUAGGAUACCCGUACCCAUAUAAUGGCUAUUGGGGCCAAACUAUGACGUAUUAUGUGCCUCAGCAAUCCCUUGCAAACGCGGUUCCUUCAUCGAUUAUUCCACAACCAACGGCACCGCUUCAAAUAUCGAAUGGUGUGUCGACAAGCCUUGCAACGACUGUAAGUCAAGUAAAUGCAAGUAAUCAUUCAAGUGCCCCAAACAAUAAUAAUAGCCACACCGUCAGCGGAGGAGGUGGUGGCGGUGGCGGUCGUGGAAAACGAGCAACUCCGCCUCACCACCAACAGAAUAGCGUGCAAGGCAAUAGCCAUUCUGUCACUUCGGCAAAUGCAACGUAUCAAUUGGGACCAGGCGUUCCACUUGCACUUGCAUCCGAAAUCAACGGUCCAACAAUGUACGCCAUUCCACAGCAUGCAGUCUUUUCCUCAAAUAUGCUUCCAUAUACUCACCAAAGUACAACGACGCCCGCGAACGCAGCGGCCGCCACUGGUGUGCUCACUCCACUCCCUCAUCAACCAAACGCUGUGAUCAGUUCUCUAUUCAAUCAUCCUCCCUUGACUUCGAGCAAUGGGCCGAUCCCUGUAGAACCACCUCAACCGACAAGCUAUUCUGUGCAUGCAAACGUAAGUUCAAAUCAUGCAGCCGCCAACACCGGUACAGCGCAAUCCGCUCCGAGUACUCCUCAUUCACUUUCGCACCACAAUCAGCGAAAUCCUCCUCUCUUUGCAACUCCUCCAAUUCUGUCAAGUAACUAUAACUCACCCAUUCAGAAUCACUAUCAGAGCUUUACUGACGCACAACACACAGGUGGAAACUCAUCCCAUACCUACGAGAAAAGGAACAGCAACGGAGUAGGAGGAAUGAACAAGAAUAAGUCUUCAAACAAUGGUGGAUACUCCUCAAACGGACGCCAGAAUUCAUCAUCAUCGCUUUAUGGAACACCAAACAGUAAUAUCAACAACAAGCCUCCGGCCGCAUCGAAUGACAUUUCCAACCAGUCUAUGAUGCCUUCGAAUGGCAUUCAAGGGCAGCGUCCAAUGCACAUGGGUCAGUCAAAACGCAUAAACGGUGCAGAUAAAUCACAAAACUCCCUGUUAAACAGUCCCCACAUGGGCAUCAACGGGGGUCGUUCAGAUUCAAAUCACAACGGCAACAGCAGCAGCAACCAAAGUACACAAAACGGUUCCGAAAGCAAACCUCGGGUAUCUUCUGGAUACCGGCAGAAACCGAGCAAUCUUGAAUUUCGCCGUAGCGUGAGUCAGCGAAAUUCACCAAGUGCUAACUCAAAUGAGAGCAACAACAACUCGCCCAACAGUAUUGUGUCAGGCUACACUACAAGUGGUGGUGGAGGAAUACCAUCUUAUGUUGCAACUGCUGCUGAUAACCAGCAGUCAUCACCGGUGUAUAUAACGCGAGGAGCGCACAUUCCACCGAUGCAUGCGGCAGCUCAAAAUGCUCAAGCGGCUGCCGUUGUUGCAGCCGCAGCGGCUGCUAACGAAGCAACAGCAGCCGGUUGUCAUCAACCAAUUAUUGGAGCCUAUAAUCAUCCCGGUGCUCCAGCUGGUGUUUAUAUAAAAUAUGGACAGACAUAUUUUGCACAUCCAACUGUUGCUCUACAAAACAACCGUCGAUCUCCACCGAGUGAUUUGAGACCACAAAUGGCACCGAUUACAGGAAUGUAUCCGGCAAUGAAUAUGAUGAUAUCAGCACCACGACAAGUGCAACCAAGGCACCCCAACCCUAACUACAAGGGAUCCCGACCGUCACGCUAAUCCAGCAUCAAACAUAAAACAAAAUUAAUGUCGUAAUAAAAAAUAAUAAUAAUUUCCGGUCCAUUUUACACAAAAAAGAAAAAAAUGCAACAAAAUAUACCAAAAGGAAAAUAAUAAUAAAAAUUUAAGAACAAGAAAAUACUAUGAUUAAGUAAAAGAUUAAAAAUCGUCAAUAAUUACGUAACUCUUAUAAACAUUUGUUUAUACAUUAAAACAAAACAAAAAAAAAAGAAAUAAAAGAGAACCAGAAAUCUCAUAAAAAGUGCAGACGGGGUAUUAUGUGAAAAAGAUUAUACAACAAAACAAAACGAAAUGAAAAUCAAUGCACAUAGAUUUCUAAUUCGAUUCCUAAUUUAUUUCCAAUAAUUGCAACACAAUAGCUAAUCAAACAUUUAUGUUAAUAUUAUAAUUAUUAUUAUUAUUAUAAAACACAUUAAGCUAAUGUUUAAGCCUGGUGGAUAUGAAGAGAUAUGAAGAUGUUAAAAUAGAAGUGAUAUUCAUUCUUACGACUCCAUCUCAACUGUCAUACACCCCAAUCCUUACAGCCAAUUUGUGACAAGACGGUCUGGUCAAGUGGGCAACUCUCUCCCGCAUCAGAGCUAUCCGCUCUUAAGCAUAAUCAUUAUUUUAAGUAACAGAAAUUUUAUUUUUUUCUGAGCCAUUAUAUUAUUAUUUAUUUAUUAUAAUUAUUAUUAAUUAUUUAGUAAUGAAACUAUCGUAACAACUUAUUAUUUUGACUCCACGUAUAUUUUUCUUUAAUUUGUUUUUUGUUUUUUUUUUUUCUUCAAAAUUAUUUAGUUUUCUUUUUUUUUCUUAUAUAAAAUAUAUAAACAAUGUUAUCUUCUUCUCUCCUUGCACUAUUUCAUACUAAAAAUUCUGUUUUCUUUAUUAAAUUUAAGAAAAAUUUCGAGUUUCCGAAAAUGUUUUUUUUUUUAGUUUUUCUUUAUUAAUUUGUUGCAUUUAUUAAAACAAAUAAAAAAUACACUGAUUACUUGUUUUUCCUUUUACUCAGAAAAUUAAAAUAAAAUAAAAUAAAAUAAAUAACAAGGGAAAGCUACUAAGUUCUUGAGAUUUUCAUUAGAUUCCAGAACUGGGUAACAAAUUCUUCCAACUGAAACAAAAUAAAAAAAUAUAAACCAUAAACACAUAAAUAAUAAUUAUAGAAAAGUAAACAAAUAGAAAUAAACAAGAAACAGAAAUAAAAAUAAAAAAAAAUAUAUAUUUAUUCUAAAUUAAAUAAAACAAAACGAGUAUACAAAAUCAUCAAAAUAAAACAAAAACAAUGCAUGUAGCAUACAUAAAAAGUACAUGGUACAUUUUUAAUGUACAUGGUUUUAUGUAAUAAUUUUAUGUGUAAGAAAUGAGCGGAAUUUUUCAGUUAGAUUAGUUAAUAAUAAACAAAUAUAUAUAGCUUAAUAUAAAACAUCCACAAUUCAGAAAAAAAAGAAAA